AUGAUACCUCGCCAAGAUGAUGAAGAGACUCCUCUUCUCCAACAGCCAGAACAGCUGAUAGUCCGAACUUCACCUCUGCCAUGGGAUCAACUCUGGAUCAUAUUAUUCUUGCAGCUUUCCGAUUCGCUUGUUGUUCAGACUCUUGCCCCAUUUACCCCGCAACUGAUCAGAGACAUUGGUGUGACGAAUGGAGACGAAUCUCAAGUUGGACACUAUGUUGGCAUCCUGGUGAGCACGUCACAAUCCUUUUUGUCCUGCGUUCCUUCCUUAUAUCGUUCCGAGCAAUCAUCGUAUUAUACGGCUCAAGCACUGACUAUCCUCCCUUGGAGCCAACUGUCUGAUCACAUCGGACGGAAGCCUGUAAUACUGACAGCUCAGUUCGCGAUGUCGAUUUCAAUGUUCUCAUUCGGGCUGUCGAAAAAAUUCAUCGGUCUGGUAAUCAGCCGUGCUUUCUGUGGGGCAUUCAACGGAAGCAAUGGGGUCAUCAAAAGCAUGGUGAUGGACAUCACGGACACAACCAACUUGCCGAAGGCAUUCAGCUAUAUGCCGCUUCCAUGGAUGUUGGGAACCUUAGUUGGACCCCUCGUUGGUGGAUCGCUCUCCAGGCCCGUGGACAGAUUCCCUGAGAUUUUCGGGCGAUCAAAACUCCUGCAAAUCUACCCAUACCUCUUGCCAUGCGCUGUUCCAGCUAUAUUCGCCCUGGUGGCUUGGCUAGUCGCGUAUUUUUGUUUCAAAGAGUGCGGUAACGAGAGCGUUUCAACAACGACACCACUUUGGAAGCUGACCAAAGGAAGGCUCUUGCGACAGCCAUAUGCAAAGCCCUUUCCGUCAUCGAGAAAUGCUCUAGCUGUUUGUGAGGUAGCAAACUCUGAAGGAGUACCAUCAAAGCCGUUGCCACUGUGCGCCUUGCUAACUCCAAAGGUCCUGACUGUGACAACAAGUUAUGUCACCAUGACUCUACUUUACAUGGGAUUCAGUUCGGUCCUACCUGUUUUCUACUCGACGCCGAUUGAACUCGGUGGUCUUUCCCUUGAUCCUCCCAAAAUUGGUGCCAUACUUGCGGUAUCAGGUGUCGCCCAUGGUGUAUUCCAAUUACUUUUCUACUCGCGGCUACACGAUCGCUUCGGUGCAGGAGCCAUGCAUGUUACUGGCGUUGUCUCUGGCAUACCGAUCAUCAUUUUAUUCCCGGUGACCAAUGCGCUUGCUCGAGUCCAUGGCCUGGGUUUGGCGGUAUGGCUUUCUAUUGGAGUUCAACUUUCGCUGGUAACUAGCUUGAUCAUGUGCUAUCUAUUGUAUAUCAGAGCCGCCGCUCCCAAUCGCGCAUCGCUUGGAGCAACCAAUGGAAUUGUCCAGCUAGUUGUGGCAGGAGCAAAGAUCGUUGCCCCAGCAUCUGCAGCUUCAGUCUUCUCUUAUUCGAUGCAGGAAGGUCACAACGCAUGGUCGAUAUAUUACUACUUGAUGGCAUUUGCAUUUCUCGCUGUAGGCACUUCUCUCUUGCUUCCUCGUGAUCCUAGUCUAUGGGAAGAUCACCAAUAG